AUGGAGUUCAAGCGUAUGUUCAACCUUGAAAGUGAAGGCUCAGAUGGGGGUAGUUCUGAUGAUUUUUGCGGACACUAUUGUGCGAGUGACGACGAAUAUGAUGACGAAGAGGGCUUUGAGUCCCGGGGGGGUUCUGACAGUGGGGAAAAAGGUGAAGGGGAUGCUGUUGAUGGUAAGGGGUCGAGCGGUGCAAAAAACCCGGGAAAUGGUGGCCCGAGAGGGCAACCUGCCGCGGAUGACUUCUUGGGUAGAAAAUUUGCCACGGAGGAGGAUGCUUAUGCUGCCUACAAGAAGUUCGCCAGAUUCAAGGGUUUUGGAGUUCGGAAGGGAGAUGUAGCUUGUGUUAAUGGGGUUUUGAUAAGGAGAGACUUUUUCUGCCAUCGACAAGGCACAAGACAUCCUAAGCACUAUGACCGUCCGGAGCGAGUAAGGGAGGAGAGACUAGAGAGUCGAACGGAUUGUAAGGCAAAGUUGAAGAUUUACUACGAUGUACAGCAUAGCGUGUGGAUGGUAAGAACCAUCUUCGAUGAACACAUCCACGAUCUUGCCCCAGUGACAUUUACACAUCUCCUUCCUAGUCACCGGAAGAUGAGUGACGGCGACAAGGCACAAGUGGAGAGUUUGAAGCAGUUUGGGAUCCCGACUUCGAAGAUAAUGGCGUACAUGGCCGGGCAGUCUGGUGGGUAUGGCAUGCUUAGAUUUACAAAACAGGAUUUGUAUAAUUAUGUGCAUGGGCAAUGGGUUGCGCGAAUAUGUGAUGGUGAUGUAGCAGCAACCAUCAGUUACUUGGAAGGUAAGGCAAAUGCCGACAUGAUAACAGCUGCACGGUACACACGGACCGCAGACAACCAUUUGGCUAGCUUAUUUUGGGCCGAUGGUGAGAUGAUGUCAGAUUAUCAAUUAUUUGGGGAUGUGUUGGCAUUUAAUUCCACCUACCGCUCUAACAAGUACAGGAAGCCACUGGUGGUUUUCUCCGGGUCAAAUCAUCACAAACAAACAUCGAUUUUUGGGUUCACGUUGCUUGAGGAUGAAAAGGUUCGCACAUACAGGUGGGUGUUGUUGAACCUUUUGGAUGUAAUGGGACAAAAGAAGCCGUGUGUGGUGGUCACAGAUGGGGACAAGGUGAUGCGCAUGGCAAUUGUAGAGGUGCUGUCGAUGGCGACACAUAGGCUGUGCGGUUGGCACUUGGAGAAGAAUUGUGUCCAAAGGGUUAAAGAUACAGAAUUCUAA